CUCUCCGGCGGUUAUCUUGGAGAAUUCUGACCUUACAACGCUCACGCAGAAGAAAGUGGAAGACUAUAUCAAGUCCAUUUCAUCUGGCUCAACAAAAAAUGGCAGCACAAUCAUCUACCCAAAUAUGCUGCAUCGAAAUAUGAUGGCAACACUGAGUCAAAGAGCAAGCAGUGUCAAUGGACGUGAAAAUACCCAAACUUUUCAUCCCCAGGCAAUACAGGGUCAUCCUCCGGUGUACUUAGUCCCAGCUGGGGUUUCUCCUCCGAUUCCUCCACCAGUAAUGUACCCCUAUAGUGUGCCCUAUCCACAAAUGGUACCACCCUAUUUUGUACCUGAGCACCAAAUGAUGGAUAAUCUGCACAGAUGGCGAUCAACACGCUCUUUGCGAAGUCGCAUGUCUGAGAAACCACGCUCAGGACGACGCAAAAGUGAGCAUAGGGAUGCAGCCAGUGAAGCUGGAGUCGACCGGAAGGCAUUCCAGUACACCGGUCUCGAUCGUGCCAUCGCCAACAGUUUCCUGGUGUACCAGCAGACAAAGAGCACCAAUUGCGACACAAGCAGAAGUGGAGGAUCUCAGAGUACCGAAUCCAUGGGAAAAUGCUGCGAUGUCGCCAUGUAGCGCCCCCUGCGCAGAUAAUCCGAGAAUCAAAGCGAAGGGAAAAUUCUUCUUUUGUAUAAAACCAUUUUGUAAAUAAUAAUUUUGCAAGUAAUUAAAAGUGUAAAAAAGUAAUUUUUGAAGAGUCAGUAAAUUACCUUGAAGUGUAUAUUUUGUGUAGGAUUCUGCAAAAAACCACGCAAUCUUAACGCGAAUACUCAUUUUUUCCUUAAAAUUUAAGUUGUGUAACUACUUUGUAUUACCAUUGAAGCUAUCUUAUUUAGGGAUUUAAUAAAUAAAUUUAUGCAUGUU